AUGGAGAUGGAUAGUGGGAUGGAUUGCCCCCUGGCGCAAGUCUUUAAAAGGCGUCGAGUGUACAGGGAAAAAGAGGUCACAGUCUCCUCACAAGGGGCCGAUGUUGAUGUGGUUGGCCACAGGGAAGGUAGGGUGCAUAUGAACCAAGGGGUCUAUGAGGCUGUGCUGUCAGAUAUGGCCACCUGCGGCCGAAUGGGGAUAUCUCACAGAUCCUCCCUACUGCUCUAA